AUGGAAAACGCGUCAUCGGAACCAUCCAUAUCCUCUUCCGAAGAUUCCAAAAGAUCUUCAAUUUCAAGUGAUUUACCCGAAUUUCAACGUAUCAAAUUGAAACAUGUACCUAAAGUGAAAAGAAGAGCUCCCCAACCACCGCCACAGACAUUGCCCCUGAGAAAAUUGUUUUUGUUUGUUUCUUUCCAGACCUCAUCGACAACAAAAACCAGCAGUUUAACUGCCCCAGCUAAAUUGUACGGCAAGGAUUUGAGCGAAUAUGAUGAUGUCGAUGUUGAAACAUUAUUGGCUCAAUUGUCGCCCGAAGAAAUUAAUAUUUUGGCCAAGGAAGUUGAUCCUGAUGACAACUUCUUGCCCCCCGAUCAACGUUGCAGCUAUGAAUGCACCAAGGAUCCCACCGGUCCCUUGAAUCGCAAAAAGCUCAUUGAACACAUCAAUAAACAAGCUAUUGAAACUCCUGAUCAACCCGAAUUUGAACCCUAUGUAAAGGGUACUGUACGUGGUAAGAAAUGGGUACCACCACCACGUGAUCAACGUGAAGUUGAAGCGGAAGAAAAAAUUGCCAUCGAUUUGGGUGAUGAAUAUGAGAGUGCAUUGAAGGAUGCUUCACAAGAAGAAAUUAUCGAUUUGGCAGCUAUAUUGGGUUUCCACUCAAUGAUGAAUCAAGAUCAAUAUCAUGCUUCGUUGUUGAACAAAGGUCAGCCCGUCGGUAUGGGUUGGGAUGGUAUUACCAAAUCGACACAACAAAAAGUCUAUCCCAUGGAUCCACCAAACGAUACAGAUGUCGAGGAGUCCAUUCGUCGUGUCAAGGAGGACGAUGAGAAAUUGAUUGAUUUGAAUUUGAAUAAUAUCAAGAAUAUUUCCGAGGAAAAAUUGGAACAAUUGAUAAAUGCACUGCCUGGCAAUGAACACUUGGAAGUACUGUCCUUAACAAAUGUCGGUUUAACCGAUAAGUUGGCUUUAUUGCUGGCCGAGGCCAUUGAGAAGAGCAAAACCUUGAGAGUAUUAAAUGUCGAAACAAAUUUCAUUAGUCCGCCUGUCAUAGUUAAAUUAGUGCAAGCCCUACUUAAGUGUCGCACCAUUGAGGAAUUCAGAGCCUCCAAUCAGCGAUCACAAGUUUUGGGUAAUAAGAUUGAAAUGGAAAUUACCGAUUUAGUGGAGAAGAACACAUCACUGCUUAGAUUGGGUCUACAUCUUGAAUUUAAUGAUGCCCGUCAUAGAGUUGCUGCACAUUUGCAACGUAACAUUGACAGAAUUGUUCGUGUACAAAAACUAAAGCCAAAUUUGCCCAAACUUUUAUUGCCACCGGCCAAUCAGGGCAUGGAGUAUAUUGCUCCACCCGCAAUGGAGCUAUCGCCUUCACCCUCACCAAUACCUCGCGUCGAAUAUGAGGUCGAGGUGGAUCCUGAUAAUAUGGUGAUUCGUGGCAGUCCCAUAACACCAUCACCUUCACCCUCUCCAUCACCUCAACCUCGUGCCGACUAUGAGGUAGAGGUCGAUCCCGAUAAUAUGGUUAUACGUGGUGGCGGCGGUAAUAGUGUAUUUGAUUUUGAUUUUGUGGUCUCCUCGAACGAAGGAUCACGGCGGGUGUCUUCGGCUUCGUCGUCCAUGUCAUCGAUGUCUGCCAUAGCUGCUGCUGCUGCCGCUGAUAUGCCAGCUUAUAAUGAAGAUCUUACCAGCUAUAAAUCCCAUACUAAGAAAAGAUCUUGAUUUACGUCUGCAGUUCAGAUUUUUCAAUAAUCUUCACAGAAAUCCAACAAGAGUUCAGUAAAGAAGAAGAAAAACUAAAUAAACAAAAA